AUGAAGGAAGGACUCCUGGAGAAGAGGAGCGAUGGCUUGCUGCAGCUGUGGAAGAAGAAGCGCUGCCUGCUGACCGAGCUGGAGCAGCACAGUCCUCCGCCCGAGCCGGCCCGCAUCAAGGAGCUGCACUUCUCCAACAUGAAGACGGUGGACUGUGUGGAGCGGAAAGGCAAGUACGUGUACUUCACGGUGGUCAUGGCCGAGGGCCGGGAGAUUGAUUUUCGGUGCCCGCAGGACGAGGGCUGGAACGCCGAGAUCACCCUGCAGAUGGUGCACUACAAGAACAGACAAGCCAUCCUGGCCGUCAAAUCUACCCGACAGAAACAGCAGCAUCUGGUCCAGCAGCAUGGACACCGGAUCAGGAGCAGCUCCAACUCCGCAUAG